UUUUUUUCUUUCUCUCUCUCUCCCAUUUCGCGAUUUCAGCAAAACUGAGAUAAGAGAUUCUGAUUCUGAAAUUUUGGUUUCCUUCUUCUUCUCUGACUCUCUCAUGGCCGAGUUGACUCAUGCCGAUGUUGUUUACUCUCCUCGUUGGUUUCAAGUAUGGAAGACUCUGGUGAACUGGCUUGCUUUUUUCUAUCAGAUCCUUUGUGCAGUUGGUUACCAUCCUCUUCUCUCUUCUUCUGCUAAAGCCUCCGCUGAUGGGUUCAAACCUUUGCCUGCUAUUGAGUUGCUUGAUAGGGCUUCCAGCGAUUGCGAACACAGCCGCUUCGGCUCCUCCCUGGAUGUUGCGGUCAUGAAUUCAGCUACUUUGAAAGACUUGAAGCUUUUGAUCAAGAAGAAAGUUAACGAAACGGAGCAAGCAAACAUGGGUAAUCGUAUUAUAGGAGUUUUGGCAAUGUGUAGGAAACAUGUAUGGUCAAACUUCUGUAUUUCGUGUAAUAAUGAGAAGUUGCUUGACGAUAAUGGUCAAACCUGAGAUGUAGGAACAAUUCUCAGGUUUAACACCUCUAUAUAAUCUUAUCUCAAUUAAGAGUUAAUUGGGUCUGUUGUUCAACU